AUCACCAUCAUGUCCUCUGCCAUCGACAAGGUUUCAGCGCAAAUCGACGCCAACCGCGCAGGCGUCAUUCAACGCCUGGCAGAUGCCGUAGCGAUCCCCUCGGUCUCUGGCGACGCAGCUCAUCGCCCGCAGGUGAUUCAGAUGGCGCAAUGGAUGGCAAAGUCGCUCGAGGGCGUAGGCUGCGAGAACAUCAAGUUCAAGGAGCUAGGAAAGCAGACGCUUGACGGUCAGGAGGUAUCACUGCCGCCUGUCGUCUUUGCGGACUACCGCGAAGGAAAGGCAGACGCCAAGAAGACGGUCCUCGUCUACGGUCACUACGACGUGCAGCCUGCUUUGAAAUCAGAUGGGUGGAACACGGAACCUUUCAAGCUAGAGUACGACGAGAAGACUGGAAGGCUGUACGGGCGAGGCAGCACGGAUGACAAGGGCCCAGUCAUUGGCUGGAUCAACAUGCUCGAGGCGCAUCGCCAAGCGGGCGUCGAGCUCCCGGUCAAUCUCAAAUUCGUCUUCGAAGGCAUGGAAGAGUCAGGCUCGGUCGGCCUCGACGAGCUCAUCGCCCACGAGCACGCUCAAGGCUCCUUCUUCAAGGGCGUCGACGCGUGCUGUAUCAGUGACAACUACUGGCUGGGUACAAAGAAGCCUUGCCUCACGCAUGGCCUGCGUGGUGUCGCCUACUUCAAGCUGCAUAUCAGCGGGCCCGCUGCGGACCUGCACUCGGGUCUGUUCGGCGGCGUUGUCCACGAGCCCAUGACCGACUUGUUCGCCAUCAUGUCCAAGCUGGUUACGCCGCAGGGCGACAUCUUGAUUCCGGGCAUCAAGGAGCUCGUCACCCCGCUGACCGACGAAGAGUUCAAGCGCUAUCAAGUUAUGGACUUCAGCGUGCAGGACAUGGAGGGCGCCACGGGCUCAAAGACGACCAUCGCCGACGACAAGGAGAAGAUCCUCAUGGCCCGCAUGCGCUACCCGUCUCUCUCCCUUCACGGAAUCGAAGGCGCCUUCUCCGAGGCGGGGACAAAGACGGUCAUCCCGGCCAAGAUCGUAGGCAAGUUCUCCCUUCGUCUCGUUCCCGACAUGACGCCUGCGAAGGUCAAUGAGCUGGUCGAGGCCUACAUCAACGCCGAGUGGAAGAAGCUGGGGAGCAAGAACACCCUUCGUCUCGAGGCAGAGCAUGGCGGGAAGCCUUGGCUUGCCGACCCCAAUCACUGGAACUACGAGGCGGCUGCGAAAGCGGUUCAGAAAAUCUACGGUGUUGCGCCUGACUACACGAGGGAAGGAGGUUCCAUUCCUGUCGCGUUGACCUUUGCCGAGACUUUGGGAAAGAAUCUGCUCCUGCUGCCGUUGGGAAGGGCAGACGAUGGCGCGCACAGCACGAACGAGAAGAUUGACGUUUCGAACUACGUCGAGGGGAGCAAGUUGUUGGGUGCGUACCUGCACGAGAUCGCCGCGGCGACUGCGUGAGGGCUGCAUUGGAGAUGGAGGUGUAAUGCAAAUCAGAGUCACCAAAGCAGAGAAGCAAGUGUAGAUUGGGACCGGCGUACAAGUACAUAGAGGGGUGAGCGUGAAUCAAGGCAACGUAGGGUGACGCGACGGGUCGAGAGAAUAGACGAUGCCCUAUGCGUGAAGGGAGAAGAUGUCAGCGAGACUGCCCGACCUUGUUGUAGUUGCCUCGCACACACAUUGUUCGACUUCUUGACGACGUGCUUGGCGGCCACGAGCGCAAUGAGGCAUUUGUUGAC